AUGUCUUGGGUCCGCUUCACGAAGACUGGCUUCGCUUUCAUCGCCACUUCGGCGGCCGCGGCGCUCGCCCUCGACAUUACGAACGAACGCAGAUUUCAGAGACAAGUGGUCAGUUUCAAUGGCCCGGAAGUAGACGGGAAAAUAUUGUGUUCUUUCAGAAAGACUAUUUCCGAACGGUGCAUGCCGAUCGACUCGCCGACCUGAACAAAAGAGCGCCAAGUGCUUUGCCAACGAGAAAAGAUAUCCUUGCUUCGCUGAGUGUUAGUUCUCUUUGUCUUCAAUUCCCCAAUUAUCUCGAAUUUAAUUCAGAAAGGCGAGGAAUUCGACGUUCUCAUUAUUGGAGGAGGAGCCACUGGAGCCGGAGUCGCUCUUGACGCGCAGACGAGAGGACUCAAAACAGCUCUGGUUGAGCUGGACGACUUCUCUUCGGGAACUUCUUCCCGCUCAACCAAACUCAUUCAUGGAGGAGUUCGAUAUUUGCAAGCGGCCAUUAUGAAACUGGAUCUGGAGCAGUAUAGAAUGGUCAAGGUGCAAAUUAUAAAAAUAUUUGAAGCACAUUCAAGCUGACAACUUUUAGGAAGCACUUUUCGAACGACACAACCUUCUGGAGAUCGCCCCGCAUCUGAGUUCUCCUCUUCCGAUUAUGCUCCCCAUUUACAAACUGUGGCAGAUUCCGUACUAUUGGUCUGGAAUCAAAGCUUACGACUUUGUUUCCGGAAAGAGAGUGCUCAAAAACUCGUUUUUCAUCAGCAAGUCACAGGCGCUCGAGAGAUUCCCAAUGCUCCGCAACGAGUCACUGAAAGGAGCACUUAUCUAUUACGACGGUCAGCACAACGACGCCAGAAUGAAUCUGGCCAUCAUUCUGACCGCGAUCAGACACGGAGCCGCCUGUGCCAACCACGUUCGCGUCGAGAAACUGAACAAAGACGAGAGCGGAAAAGUGAUCGGAGCGCACGUGAAGGACAUGGUCACUGGCGGAGAAUGGGAUAUCAAAGCGAAAGCGGUCAUCAACGCGACUGGUCCCUUCACAGAUUCGAUCCGUCUCAUGGGAGAUCCCGACACGGCGAAGCCUAUCUGCGCCCCAAGCUCCGGUGUUCACAUCACCCUUCCGGGAUACUACAGCCCCUCGAACACUGGUCUUCUCGACCCCGACACUUCUGACGGACGUGUCAUUUUCUUCCUGCCGUGGGAACGUAUGACUAUCGCCGGAACCACCGACGCUCCAUCCGAUGUGACCCUUUCUCCGCAGCCCACUGACCACGACAUCGAGUUCAUUCUGCAAGAAAUCCGCGGAUAUCUCUCAAAAGACGUCUCCGUUCGCCGUGGAGACGUUAUGAGUGCGUGGUCAGGUCUCCGUCCGUUGGUCCGUGACCCGAACAAGAAGGACACAAAAAGUCUGGCCAGAAAUCAUAUUAUCGAAGUGGGAAAGUCCGGAUUGAUCACGAUCGCCGGUGGAAAAUGGACGACGUACAGACACAUGGCCGAGGAAACCGUCGACAAAGUGGUCGAAGUGCACGAGCUGAAGCCGGCGAGCGGAUGCGUCACUCCGGGACUGUUGCUCGAGGGAGCGCACGACUGGAACGCCCUGCAGUACAUCCAUUUGGUGCAGGACUACGGAAUGGAAGUCGACGUGGCACAGCAUCUCAGUCAGACUUACGGAGACCGCGCGUUCGUCGUCGCUCGCAUGUGCAAAAUGACCGGAAAACGCUGGCCGAUUGUCGGAAAUCGUCUCCAUCCAGAAUUCCCGUACCUCGACGCAGAAGUCCGUUACGCCGUCCGUGAAUACGCGUGCACCGCCGUCGACGUCAUCGCCAGACGCAUGAGACUUGCGUUCCUGAACACGUACGCCGCCCACGAGGUGCUCCCGGACGUGGUCCGCAUCAUGGGAGAGGAGCUCGGAUGGUCCUCGGCCGAGCAGAGAGCCCAACUGGAGAAGGCGCGCACUUUCAUCGACCUGGAAAUGGGACAAAAUGCGAAACAAACGGCCGUCUCGAAUGCGCCGCUGAACUUGACGAAGGACGAGAUGCAGGUGGCGAAGGAGCGAUUCCACAAACUGGACAAGGAUCGAAAGGGACACAUCACUGUGAACGACCUUCGCAAAUACUUCAGAGUAAGAGCAAAAUAGGUAAAAACUGAAGUGAAAUCAUUAAUUUCAGGAACACAACCAGAAGAUCGACGAGCGCGUUCUUCACGAACUACUGAACGAAGUGGAUCUGAACAAGAACGGAGAAAUCGAAAUUGCCGAAUUCUUCCAGGUUGUAUUAUUCUUUUCCGUCCAUUUUCUCAUUCUUAUUUUCAGUUGUAUUCUGGACUGAAAGGAGGUCAAUUGACUGGCAAUCGACUCGUCGGAUAUCUGGAUGAAAUCCACGGAACGCCGAGCGUCAAUCGUGCCUGUGGCGGUAUCUAAUUUGCAUUUUAUUAUUUUUUUUUAACUUUUAUAUAUUGCCUCUACUUUUGUUAAAUUUCUAAAUUUGCCCAUCUAAGUUAAUUCAGAGAAAGAGAUGAAGAAGACUUGA